AGGGCGUAACGCGUCCUUAACGGCACCGCUGACCCGCUCUCUGAAUUAUAGGUUACAUUAAAAUUGCUACGUGGGUAAUUGUGGCUUUGAAUCCACUAAAGUGUCGCUUUUUCAACGUAUAUUGGCUAAAAAGCGCCAAUUUAAUAUGUUGUUUUGCGCAUGGUCACUUCUUCCGUGAGGUUUCCCUCGCAACAAGCACCAUUCUUUAACAAUGCUAUGUGAUUGGCGCUCAUCAGCACCUGAAGCCACAACAAAAAGCCCUUUGUUUAAUCAUCAUGAGCAUACAAACUGAGUGUGGAUGGAGUGUGUGAAUGGCGUGGAGCUCCAUGAGCUCAGGCCCUCAGGACAUGGCAUCGAAAACACUUCCUUCUGUGAUGAGGAAGAGGAAGCCCGGGUAUGUGUUGUUAAUUCCAGGACGAAUCAACAUUUUCCCUCUCAUGGUGGAGGUGGAAUUAGUCCUCAGAUUCUUCAAGGAGAUGUUCAGUCAGACAAAGAACAAGAAACAGUGUAUGAAGAACGUUCUGUGGAUUACAGCUUCAUGUUGGCAUUGGUAUUCCUCGUCAGUGGAAUUGCUUUAGUUGUAAUUGCCUACGCCAUACCAAGGGAGGCUCAAAUCAAUCCAGACCAGGUUACAGCACGUCAGAUGGAAAAGUUGGAGAUGUACUAUGCACAGCUCGGCUCACACCUUGAUAAGUGCAUCAUUGCUGGACUUGGCUUACUUACUCUUGGUGGGAUGCUCUUGUCCAUUCUGCUGAUGGUUUCUCUAUGCAAAGGUGAGCUUUAUCACCGCAGAAGUUUUGCCAUCUUAAGAAGACCUAUGAAGUCGUAUGGCUCCAUAAACAUGAGGAUGGGACAGUUAGCAUCCGGAAAUGGAAGAGAACCUAUCAUGGAGUGUGAUUCAAAUACAGACCCUCAUGAUGCAUUGAGUGCUGAAAGAAUGCAACAUCUAAGGCAAACUCAGUAGCACAAGCUUACAGUGCCUGCCACCCAAAUAGCCAAAUCCUAAAUGGCUCCUUAUUUCCAAUAGACUGUAAGUACACUAUGAACAUACUGUACGUACAUGAAGAGACACUUUAUGAUAUAAAAGGUACCAAAUAUUGGCUUCUGCAUUCUAUAAAGUGAUGCGUCUUGCCUAAUUUGGAAGGGUUAAAGGCAUAUAAGAUCAUCCUGGAAGAGAAUAUAAGAACACUGAAUAUAUGAAACAGUCCAGGAGUGCCAUGGCCUUACAGAGAUUUUUUCCCCCUUCUUCUAACACACAAAAUUCAGCAUAUGAAAGAACAUAAGAACAUAAAGUAAUUGGUAAAUUAUUUGAAAUAGGUUUCAACUAAAUUAAAUUAGAAGGAUAAACUCUGCAUUGCUGUGGUCCUGAAAGACAGCAGUCUGAUACCCCUCUGAUACCCCUCCUGGAAGACAGUAGUCUCAUACGCCACAACAACAUCGCCUUAAACCAUUAUAUUCGGUGGACUAGACUUGUGAAUUAGGAUAGGAUUUUCUUAUUUAGAAGUUGUGGGGUUUAAUUUGUUGUAGUGAAGCCUUUAAUAUAUACAGCACUGCAUAUGAAUGUAACCAGUUGGAGCUUUUGCAUUAUACAGUGUCUUAUACUGAUACACAGAUUUUAUGUAUAGGAAAUACAUAAAUGACUUAAACAUAGUAUAUUCUACAAAACAGUUAUCACAAAAGUCACAAUAUCCACACUUAUUAUACAAGUUUACUAUACAUAUAGAAGAAUACAUUCUGAAAAUUAUAUAGUUAUGACCGGCUUUUGAAUAGCGAUAUAUAGUAACUUCUUGACAUUAUGGAGACUUAAGUAAAAGAGAAAUAGCCAGUUAUUUUUGGCAUUAAGAACAGGGGAUACACAAAAUUGAGUCAAUAAUAGAAAAUAAUUAUGACCAGCUUUGAGACAGGGGUAUUUUAUUUAGCACACACAAAAUAUAGAGAUAUUUUAACAAUGGCCAAAGCAUUUUUUUAUUUAAUUCUUGCCAAGAUAGUUUCUAUUUUUAGAACUACAUCAAGGCCAUGUUCAGUAUAAGCAGAAUGGUAUAAAAAGCAGUUGUUGUAACAAAGUUACAUAUAAGGAGCAUUGUAUGAUAAUCUGAUACUCUGAUAUUUGAUCAAUUUAAAAGAGUGAUCACAUUUGCAAUACGGUGCUGUAGAAAGUAGGCACAAAAAUGGUACAAUCAAGAGAGGUAGAAAUUUAAAAGAGAAUAUAUAGUUGAUAUUUAGAUUCUAUGAGGCAGCACAUCUAAGUUGUAGUUUAUAAUCAUGGACAAGGUUUAAGAAGCACAGGAUUGUCCAAGGACAUCUCUGAUCUGAAGCUGAAAUGAGGACUCUUUUUCAGGUGCUUGAAUUAAUAAAUUGACAAAUCAGAAAUCAAACCUGCAAACAGAAAGAUCCCUCUUGAAAUAGCACAGCAAAACCUUUUUUAAUGUUCAAAAACUAAACCUUUCGUAUAAUUUAUUUAUUUAACAAAGCAUUCUCGGUGAUGCCAUCACCAAAAGGAUGGUUUCUCUUGGAGCAACCAUAAAGGAUGCUCAAAGAGAAAACAUCAGCUCUGAACUGUCCAGGUUAGGACAAUUUAAUCAGAUAGAAAGCCUGACAUGGUUUAUUUCCUUGGAUAAUAUUUUAAAUCAAAAAUACUCUGUCUCCACUUGAGCUCACCUUUUCCAGUGUUUUAUGUAAUCUGAUCAUGAGAUCCUGUUUCUCCUUUUCAGCCACAGAAGAGACUACAGCAUUUUUGUCAUUGUACUUUGAACUAGGGAUGUGAUGUGAUGCUUAUAUGUUGUUAUGCUGUGAUAAUGAAAUAUGAAUAAAUAUGCUUAUUAAAGAGUAAAUACCAAGUGAAAAAUAUAAGACAAUUGUAUAUCUACAUUGUUUUGAUAAAUUGCUGUGAGAUGCAUUUAACAAAUCUGUUUAAAAAUCUUCUAGUCAUUCCCCUGACCAAGUAGUUCAACAGUCAUUGCCACUGUUACAUUUUCUUUGAUGUCAUACUAUUAAAAAAUGUAAAAUACUAAAUAGAUACCAUGAAAUACAUAAUCAUAUUACUAUGUUGUGCAGUUAUCAGACCAUGAAUGUUUGACAUCCAAUUCAACAUUCAACUCAAAUAUAGUAAUGGCACAUCUAAGAGCUAAAGGUCAGUAGUCUUAAAAUGAAAACAUGGUAAUAGGGAGAGAGUGUGUUGGUUUGAAAAGAGAUUGCUUCUACAGCUUAUAUCAGAAAAAACAUCACCUUAUGUUUCACAUUUUCUGUAUGGCACAGAAAACUGAUUAUUUUAGGUGUCAUUUGUCAUUUAUAACAGUCUCCAAAAUAAAUAUGUGAAUGUACAGAUAAUUAAUAUCAAACUUUAUACAUGGUAGAGUAACAUUUAUAAAAGUAGUUAACCAGCGUAUAAUAUAAACAUGAUUUUUUUUUUUGUUUACAUUUCAAAGACAACUGUAAUGUUCACAAGAUGACAUUUUAACACAUUGUGUGGUGUAUUUUAGAGAUUAUACUGAUUAAUAUAAAUCAAUGUAUGUGUAGUAAUUACAUUCCUUUUUUUUUUUUUGUUUCCAAUAAUUGUGAAUAACUGUCAGUUUAUAUCAAUGAAUAGAUGUGCAUUUGAAUGUUUCUACUAAUGAGAAAUGUAUCUGAUGUUUUAUAAAGAGAGAGGAAGUAUCUUCACUAUACCAUAAAAUCACUGCUAUACAGAUAUAAUUUGGGUGAUGGACCAUCAGCACAGCAUUAACACUCAGUAGAAGCAU